GUUUAAGUGAAGGUUGUGUGUGAAAAGUGUAUGAGUAACAGGAGCGGAGCGGGUAGUACGGUGAGCUGUCCCUAACCUCGCCAAAAUGACCAAGCUGGGCUUCUUGCGUUUGUCCUAUGAGAAACAGGACACGCUGCUGAAGCUGCUCAUCCUGUCUAUGGCUGCUGUCCUUUCAUUCUCCACCAGACUGUUCUCUGUGUUGAGGUUUGAAAGCGUCAUCCAUGAAUUUGAUCCGUAUUUCAACUACCGUACCACCCGCUUCUUGGCAGAAGAAGGAUUUUAUAAGUUUCAUAACUGGUUCGAUGACAGGGCAUGGUAUCCUCUCGGGAGGAUUAUUGGUGGCACCAUCUAUCCAGGACUGAUGAUCACCUCUGCCGUCCUGUAUCACGUCCUACAUUUUUUUCACAUCACCAUCGACAUCCGUAAUGUUUGUGUGUUCCUGGCUCCCUUGUUUUCCUCUUUUACCGCCAUCGUCACCUACCACUUCACCAAGGAGCUGAAGGAUGCAGGAGCUGGGCUUCUCGCUGCAGCUAUGAUCGCUGUGGUUCCUGGUUACAUCUCCCGUUCAGUUGCUGGUUCUUACGAUAAUGAAGGUAUUGCCAUCUUCUGCAUGCUGUUGACCUACUACAUGUGGAUCAAAGCCGUCAAAUCCGGGUCCGUGUACUGGUCCUCCAUGUGUGCGUUGGCGUACUUCUACAUGGUUUCUUCAUGGGGUGGAUACGUGUUCCUGAUCAACCUCAUCCCCCUCCACGUCCUGGUUCUGAUGCUGACAGGCAGAUUCUCUCACCGCAUCUAUGUGGCGUACUGCACCGUCUACUGCCUCGGCACCAUCCUCUCCAUGCAGAUCUCAUUCGUGGGUUUCCAGCCGGUGCAGUCGUCCGAACACAUGGCGGCCUUCGGGAUGUUUGGCUUGUGUCAGAUUCACGCCUUUGUGGAUUAUCUGCGCAGUAAACUCAACGCCCAGCAGUUUGAGGUGCUGUUCAAGAGCGUCAUCUCCCUGGUGGGCUUCAUCCUGUUGUCGGUGGGAACUGUCCUCAUGCUCACCGGUAAGAUUUCUCCGUGGACCGGCCGUUUCUACUCCCUGCUGGACCCGUCCUACGCCAAGAACAACAUCCCCAUCAUCGCCUCUGUCUCUGAGCACCAGCCCACCACCUGGUCCUCGUACUACUUCGACCUCCAGCUGCUGGUCUUCAUGUUCCCAGUUGGUCUGUAUUACUGCUUCAACAACCUGUCGGAUGCGAGGAUCUUCAUCAUCAUGUACGGAGUCACCAGCAUGUACUUCUCAGCCGUCAUGGUGCGUCUGAUGCUGGUUCUGGCGCCUGUCAUGUGCAUCCUGUCCGGCAUCGGCGUGUCCCAGGUUCUGACCACGUACAUGAAGAACCUGGACGUCAGCCGCCCAGACAAGAAGACCAAGAAGCAGCAGGACUCCACCUACCCCAUCAAAAAUGAGGUCGCCAGUGGAAUGAUCCUGGUCAUGGCGUUCUUCCUCAUCACAUACACCUUCCAUUCCACCUGGGUGACCAGCGAAGCCUACUCCUCCCCCUCCAUCGUCCUUUCAGCUCGCGGAGGCGACGGCAGCCGCAUCAUCUUCGACGACUUCAGAGAGGCUUAUUACUGGCUGCGUCACAAUACCCCUGAGGACGCCAAAGUCAUGUCAUGGUGGGAUUACGGCUACCAGAUCACGGCCAUGGCCAAUCGGACCAUUCUAGUGGACAAUAACACAUGGAACAACACGCACAUAUCCAGAGUUGGUCAGGCCAUGGCGUCGACAGAGGAAAGAGCCUACGAGAUUAUGAGGGAGCUGGAUGUGAGCUACGUCCUGGUCAUCUUUGGAGGCCUGACGGGAUAUUCCUCCGAUGACAUUAACAAGUUUCUGUGGAUGGUCCGAAUCGGAGGAAGCACAGACACAGGAAAACACAUCAAAGAGCACGACUACUACACACCCACCGGCGAGUUCAGAGUGGACCGCGAGGGUUCGCCUGUUCUGCUCAACUGCCUCAUGUACAAGAUGUGUUACUACCGCUUCGGACAGGUCUACACAGAGGCCAAGCGCCCACCUGGUUACGACAGAGUGAGAAAUGCUGAGAUCGGAAACAAAGACUUUGAGCUGGAUGUUUUGGAGGAGGCCUACACGACAGAGCACUGGCUGGUUAGGAUAUACAAGGUCAAAGAUCUGGACAACCGGGGCCUUUCUAGGACAUAAAACCUUCCAAUUGCAGUGAAAAUCACCUUUAUACCGUACAGCACUGAGAGCCUUCCCCUGUGGUCAGCAGAUGCAGAUGAGUGGGAAAAGAAUGCUUUUGUACUUUUGUUUUGGGGAAGAAAAUGCAUCAAAGAGAUUUUGGUUUUUUUGUGGAUGAUUUUUUUUUUUUUUAUUAUUUUGUUAUAACAAAAUGUCUCAUCUGGGAUCAGAGGGAGCUGGUGUCAAAACGUCCAGUCUGGUGUCAGGAAGUGUAACUCACCAUUAAGUGGUUUCAAGAAAGCAGUGUUCAUUUACGAGCGCUUUGGAUUUUUACAAUGUGGUUAAAUAAAAUGGGAUUAAAUGUGA